AUGUCUGGUCGCGGCAAGGGUGGCAAGGGUCUCGGCAAGGGUGGCGCCAAGCGUCACCGCAAGAUUCUUCGUGACAACAUCCAGGGUAUCACCAAGCCUGCUAUCCGUCGUCUCGCACGUCGUGGUGGUGUUAAGCGUAUUUCAGGCUUGAUCUACGACGAGACCCGCGGUGUCCUCAAGCUCUUCCUCGAGUCCGUCAUCCGUGACUCAGUCACUUACACCGAGCACGCCAAG